UCGCCCCCUCCGCGUGGCCUCAGUUUCCCCAGCCGCGCCGCCCCCGUCCCCGGGGACCCCACCCGCGGAUCCUCCCCGGCGGCUCGUUCUCUCGGUCCGAACGCUCCCUCGCGACACCUCCGCACGUGUGCGCGCCCCUGCGCGGGGUGGGGCCGCGGACGGCCGCGCCCCCCUGCGCGCCCCCGCGCUUCGGCCUAGGCCCCUCCUCCGUGGGCGCUCGGGCUGGCUCCCGGGACCGCCUGCCCCGCCCAGCUCCGCGCCUCGCCGGAGCUGGCCUCCCCAGGGACGGCACGCAGCCUUCCCGGCUGGCCCACUGGAGCCUGGCGGCGCAGAGGCGCGAGUCUCGCCAGCCUGAGUGGAUCCUGGGAGACACGAGGGGCGGCUGCCGCAGCGGAUUUUGGACUCAGAGAAGACCUCUCCCAGCUCCCUUGCCUGAGUGUUGGCAUGACACUCCAACCCCUUCUCCAGGAGAUGCAGUCCCUGGGAGCCCUGCUGGCUGGCAGAGCCAUGCUUCACAACUCCAGCCACAGGGAGGGCAUGCUCCAUGUGGAUAAGACCCGGAGGGUACAGGACAGGGACAGGGAAGAGGUAUGGGUAGGGGGAGCUCUGGCCCCCAAUACCUCCUCCCCAUUCCCCCCUGAGCCUCCAGGGGCCUCAGGCAGCAUUAUCCCUGUCUACUGUGCCCUCCUGGCCACGGUGGUCCUUGGUCUGCUUGCCUACGUGGCCUUCAAGUGCUGGCGCUCACAUAAACAAAGACAGCAGCUGGCCAAAGCUCGGACUGCAGAGCUGGGGGCCCUUGACAGGGACCAGAGGCAUGGGGACAGCGUUGUCUUCCUGGACCAUCCCCAGCUGCCCGGGAGCCAGGGGCCACAUCCUGAACUUGGCUGCCGGCUCUACCUUCAUCUCCCUCGGCAGCAGCAAGAGGAAGUGGAACGGCUCCUGGAAGUGUCCGGUGAACCUGACAAGGGCUGGCAGGGCCUGGCCAGCCGCCUGGGCUACCACGCAGACGCUGUGGAGAUCAUGGCCCAGGGCCAGGUGCCAGCCCACACCCUACUGAGGGACUGGGCCGUCAAAGAAGGCAGCGGGGCCACCCUCAGGGUGCUGGAGGACGCCCUGGCCGCCCUGGGCCGUGAAGAUGUGGUCCGGCUUCUGAGCUCCCCAGCUGAGGGCUGCUCUGUGGUGUGAGCGAUGCCUCCACAGCCUGGCCUCUCAGGGAACCUGCUUUGGUGCUUCCCCCCUACUCCACAUACGCUUUUCCUUCCUUGAGCUUCCUGGCAUUGGUGGCUUCAGCCUGCUCGGGUAGGAGGGAACAGAGAAGACCCGGCCACCACUCACCUCCCCUUGUCCUACAUUCCUCCAGGACAGGGACCAGGACAUGGGGGACUUAGCCGGGAGGAGUGGCCCUGCCCUCAUCCUCCCCACUCCAUCUCCUCUUAUUUAGCCUCAGCUGGUUUUUCUACUUUUGUAUCUCCUAUUAAAGGCAACUUUGGACUACUG